UUUGGUCACAACAACAACAAAAUAAACUUUUUUUUAGCAGAUUAUCCGUCCGUUUUAUAUCUCUAAACACACACGCAAUAGACUAUGACUUCGGGUCCGCCGCCGCCACGACAAUGGCCACCGCCGUCGUUGCUGUCAUCGCCGCCGAUCCCAUCGUCGUCGUCGUCGUCGGCGUCGGUCGCGCAGUCAAUGGCGGCCUCGUUAUCGUCGCACGUUUCGGCGCAGAAGCAGAAAGAAUACCAGCAGUUGGUCUGGCAGGUCACACAUUCGCCGCACUUUCCGCUUCACGCCCGACAAGUGGCCAACAACAACGGUAACUCUACUACUACUACUACUAGUGGGACAGCAGUGGCGGGUGUCCAACAACUAGUCCAACAACACCAACACCAACAUCAUCAGCAGCAACAGCAACAGCAGCAUAUUCAGCACCGACAUCAACAUCAUCAACAUGUUUGGCCACAACUAACGGGUUCACUAAACAACACAACAACUACAACAACAUCAGCAGCUGUUCCCGGUUUGACACCCAUAUGUCCGGACCGUUUGGCUCUGGCGACGGCCGUUGCUGUCCAACAACAACGCCAACAACAUGACCAGCGAGUUCUGGCGGCGCACGCGCUUCAACAGCAACAACAACUGGCUGUCAGUCAUCAUCAUCAGCAACAACAGCGCGCGUCCGCUGCCGCCGCCGCUAUUCAGGUCCGCAAUCAACUACAACUACAACAACAGCAGCACCGACACCAUCGCCACCACCACCACCACCAGCACAAACACGUGUCCAGACAUCCUCAUCAACAGCAUCUUCAGCCGCAAUCUUCACUUAUUUCUAACGCAAAGACAACGACAUCGACGACAACAACGCCGACAAACAAUCAACAAAUCAAAAGUCAAUCGCUGUUUAUGACGGGUUCUGGACAUCAUCUGACGGCCGGAAGUGUUGUCCAACAAUCGUCGCAUCGAAUCCUUCAACAACAACAUCAACAACAAUCAUCUCUACCGCCGCCGCCGCCGACCGCUCGACGCCAGAGUGUCGUCCGAAUGCAAACCCCGAACCCAACGGUUGUCAAUCAACCAAUCAAUAUGUCCUCUUCGGGCAAUCAAUCAAUUAUCAAUCAUCAAACACUGGACGCCUCUUAUUUGCGUCAAUCCGUCCUUCGAUCGCCCGAUAGUCGACCGAAAAGCCGUUCAAUUGUCGAACAACAGCCGAUUGUUGUCCACCGAAUGUACGCCUCGAAUGUCGAAACUCCGAUUCUGGCCCGUGCUUUGCGUCCAUCUUUGCAGCAAAUGAUUCCCGAAAUGCCAGAUCUCACCCGAACUCUGUCCGCUCGUCGACCCGUCGGUCGGCCGCCACUACUCCGCAAUACCACUCCUUCUUCUUCUCCAUCUCUAUCUUCUUCUUCGACAAUAACAACGACUUCCGUCCCGACAAUGACUUCUCAUCUAACGAUGCGAACGAAUCCUCCGAUACUUCACGAACACAUGUUUCGACCGAUUCUUCCGAUUCGUCCGAUUCCAACCAAUACACCCAAUCGGACCAGAAUUUCCCCGCAAUGGCCGCCGCCGCCGCUGCUGACGACGUCCUCUUCGUCGUCCUCUACUUUGUCCACCAAUUCGCCGACCAUUUCUUCGGAAUCCAAGCGAAGUAUAACCGGCUUUUGGUCACCAAACUCUGCUUUUUUCCGUCCAAAAGUCACAGAGACUACGCCUCCUCCCCCGCCGCCUCCUGCCGUCCAUUCAGUGCUUCAAUGGAGCGGAAACUCUAACCGACGGACUUCUUUGUCUGACGUCAGCAACAGUUUGGCCACUGAUUGGUCGCCGAAAAGUCGUAACGAAUGCGAAGUUAUUUUGAAUCUCAAAACACAAACCGAAAAGAAAGUCAUCGAAAAAGUAGAAGAAGUGGACGAAGAAGAGGAGGAAGAAGUGGUGGAGGAAUCCAAGGAACAGAUGAACAAACAAAAUAAGGAAACGACGAUUGAAUUGAUUGAAAAUCAGUCGACAGAAGAAGUAGAAGACGAAGAAGAAGAAGACGAAGAAGAAGUGUCAGAAAUUCCCGAAGAUUUCGUACAAUUUGUUCGCCAUUUCGUUGAUCUACUGCUCGAUCAACAGAAUCAUCACGAAUUGCGUCCCGAAGAACAAGAACAAGAAGAAGUCAUUGACUCAGACAUCGGAACAGCGGCGGCCACUCCUCGGACACCAUCACCACUACCACUAUCUUCGUCGUCGUCUUCAAUGGUCUCGGAGUCAGAGUUUGUUCGGGCAUUGAAUCUAAUAAAAUCGCGAGAUUUGCGCCGAAAACCGAUCGCAUAUUUGAACGCAAAAUAUCCGUUGAACGAGAUUUCGCGCGCCGUUUACGCCGGCGUUGAAACCAAACGAGCAUUGCUUGACAUUUCGUCGCAAACGGCGGUCACUAAUGAUGACUACGAAACGGAAGACAACGAAGACGACAACAAUCAACACAAAGAAGAAGAAGAAGAAGACAAAGACGAGUGCUGUCCGCCGGCCCGCAAACGCCGCCGCACUCGCCGUCGUCGUCGUCGUCCCCGACUGUGGCCAGAGUCUAGCGAUGCAAGAAAACUGGACAACGGGAAACCGACGGCCGACUGUUGGGAACUAGUAUUGACCGGUUUGGACGUCUCGUCGCCUUUAAGUCGAAGAAUUCUCGGAGUUUUACCACAAUUUCGAUUUUUUGAUAUAAAUGUCAGAAAUUUCGGCCAAAAGAGCAAUAAAAUCGACAAAACGAAAGAAUAUCCACAAAAAUAGUGACCAAAAAGCCGCGAGUCCACCGAUUCGGGUAAUCAGAUCCAAUGUUGUCACUCGUGGUUCUUCGCGGA